AGAUUAGACAUUGUCCAUCGCUCUGAUACAUUGCAAGGAGUAAAACUUGCCCAGGCAGCGAGAACAUUGACGACAACGACGGCGACGACACGCGCUUCCUCUCGCCUUCUCCCCGCUCCCCCACUGCCCACCAUGCCGGCCUACAAAAACAACUACAAGAGCGAACCCUUACCACCCCCGCCGUUCGAGUGCCAUCUCCACACUCCCGUCGAGGACUACGACCUCAACUUUGUCCUCCCCGUCACUGAGCUGCGCUCGGACCGCGUGGAGCUCCGUCCCCUGAUCCCCUCCCUUCACGCCCAGCCCCUCCUCGACGGCGUGCUUGCCAACCCUGAGCUCCUGUUAUGGCUGGGAGUGACGCGCGAGUGGUCCACCCUCGACGAUGUGUGCGACUGGAUUGAAACUGUCUGCCGCCGCGACAAGACGCAUCUCCACUAUGCCAUCUACUCGGCCCCAUUGGAUCGCCUCGAUGCCCCCGUUGAGGAGUACCAGUUCGCAGGCACCGCCGCGCUCAUGGAGGCCGACCCCAGCACCAUGAUCAUUGAGAUUGGCUGGCUCAUCAUUCUCGGCCCGUUCCAGCGCACCCACGUCCUGACGCACACCUCUGGCCUGAUGAUGCACCGCUCCCUCGACACUCCCGAGCAGGGCGGUCUUGGCUUCCGCCGUCUUCAGUGGAAGGCAAACUCGCUCAACCAGAAGUCGCAGGCGGCUGCUCUGCGAUUGGGCUACAAGUUUGAGGGCAUUGUGCGCGCCUUUGUCGUCCUCCCCAAGGGCAAGAAGGGUGUCCGUGCUGGCAGACCAGGCGUCCCCAACGCGGACCGCGAGCAGCGCGACACCUGGAUGGGUUCCAUUACGUGGUUUGAGUGGGAGGAGGGAGUCAACGCGCAUGUUGACAAGCUCGUUGCGCGUCGGGAUUAGACCUUUCAUGUAGAUGCGUCUGCGUUCUUUUGAGCAUGUAAUCACAGUUGUGGGG